AUGCUCCUUUUAGAUGCAUGUUUGCCAUUGGAUGCAUGUCCUGAUAGUAGUGAAUGUGUAAUAAAUCGAAACAAUAUAAAAGUAUGCAUAUGUCCAGAUAAAUUUAUUUAUGAUGGCAGAUCAUGCAUUGAAGAUCCUUGUGCGAAACCAGAUUUAUGUCCAGCUGAAAGUAAAUGUGUAAUUACUCUACUAAAGACUGCAGCAUGUCUAUGCCCAGAUAAAUAUGUGUAUGAUGGCAAAUCAUGCAUAUUAUUAGAGAAUCUCAAUUCUCCUGUUACUACUGAUGCAUGUGGGCAACCGGAUCCAUGUCCUCAAGAAUUUGAUUAUGAAUGUAUGAUAGGUCCAAACAAUACUGCGACAUGCUUUUGUCCAACUAAUUUUGUUUUUUACGGCGGAUCAUGCAUUGAAGACCCAUGUGCGAAACCAGGUGUAUGUUCAGCUGAUAGUAAAUAUCAGAUUAAUCUAGAAAAGAAUGCAAUAUGCAAAUGUCGAAGUGGUUAUGUUUAUAAUGACAAAUCGUGCAUUGAAGACCCUUGUGCAAAACCGGAUGUAUGUCCAGCUGAAACUAAAUGUCAGCUUAGUAUACGUACAACUGCAGUAUGCCUUUGUGCAGAUGGAAAUGUUUAUGAUGGCACACCAUGCAAAUUAAGGAAUCCCAAUACUCCAGCUCCUACUGAUGCAUGCAUGUCACCGGAUGCAUGUCCUCAAGAUAUUGAUUGUAUAAUAGGUCUAAACAAUACUGCUAUAUGCGUAUGUCCAGAUAAUUUUAUUUAUGAUGGCAAAUCAUGCAUUAAAGACCCGUGUGCAACACCGGGUGGGUGUCCAGCUGAAAGUAAAUGUCAGAUUAGUCAACUAAAGACUGCUGAGUGCAUUUGUCAAAUUGGCUAUGUUUAUGAUGGCAAAUCAUGCAAUGAAAUCAAGCCUAAUGCUAUCCCAGCAAACAAUAGACGUCUUUUAGACCAUCUAAAAUUGGUCUAA